UAGACAGUUCAAUUGGUUUAUAGUCUAAGAUAUAAUCUCAACCUUUGAUCUUAGUCUCAGGCAAGGACUUAAGUUAAGACAGCUUAGCGAGUAGCGCAGGCCGCAGGGCAGUGAUAAUUAAAGCAAAGAAGCAAGCAUGUCACUGAAGGCAUCCCAGGUGGCAACGAAGCUGAAUCUGCAGCCCCACCCUGAAGGUGGCUUCUACGCCGAGACAUUCCGCGACGGAUCCGUUCAACUCUCCAAGUCUCAGCUUCCACCCCAAUACAAAGUUGAUCGCCCGGUAUCAACCUCCAUAUACUUUCUGCUUCCAUCUGGCAGCGUGUCUCGCCUGCACCGCAUACCCUGUGCGGAAACCUGGCACCACUACAUCGGUGACCCCAUAACCGUAGUUGAACUGAAUGAGAAGGAUGCAAGUGUCAAAUUCACCCAGCUGGGAUCCAACCUAAAUGAGAAUGAGGUGCCGCAGUAUACUGUUCCUCCCAACGUGUGGUUUGGUUCAUUCCCCACCGGGGAUUUCAACGCGUCUCCGGAAGGCUCGUCGUUCGUGAGAGGCGAAGCAAAGGACUCUGAGAGGCACUACUCUCUGGUAGGGUGCACGUGUGCACCCGCGUUUCAGUUCCAGGACUUUGAGCUUGCUAAGCGCUCUGACCUUGUCUCUCGCUUUCCCCAGCUGGACCAACUCAUCACUGCACUCACUAUUCCCGAGUGAUUACUCAUUCCACCUCCUAUUUAAAUAAAUAAAUGAGUGUUUUCCAGCUUUGUAUUCAACUGAAGAAUCUCUACUCUUUAAUAAUAAAUUUAGAAACGCUUCCUUCCUUGUA